AUGGAGGCUCAAGAACCCAAGGGUUAUGGACACGGCCAAGAGCAAAAUAUGGUUCUUGUACUUACGAAGCACAAUGGCGCAAAAGAUUUAGGUAACUUUGUCGCGGAUAAGAAGUCAUCUGCUCCUGUGUGUGCUAAAGCUUCAAUUUCAUGGAUAUACAUACUACACCAAGGUACUGAUGGAAAGUUAUAUGAGCACAAUGCCUUAUGUCUUGCUAAACUUGAGCCAGACAUCACUUGA